GUUAAUCAAUCUAUUGUUGCAUUAGCAAAAGUUACAUUAAGAAAUAUGAUAUAAUUUUGUCUAUAAAACAUUGUGCCUAGUACCGACAAUGGAGCGUUCAGUGUCAGAUCAAGAAUCAGCAUCUCAAGAACCAGCCGAAGUGCACACAACGCAAACAGUAAGUCCUACUGUGGUGACAUCGCCCAGUCUUGCACGAGAUAAUGGGGCUACAAAUGUCCUAGCCAGCUCGUCAUUGGAUGAAAUUCCUCCCCCAAAAGCAGACUAUUAUGCACCUCCUCCCUAUGAAGAGGUCACCAAAACCACCAAAUUACCGACAUACGAAGAAGUCCAGAGGGAAAAACUAGAAGAAGGAUUGUCUGUACCCAUAAAUACUCCGACUAUUACAUCUCAAUUUCGACCUCCUUGUCAAAGGAUUUUAACCUUGGAUAAUGAAACGGGAGAAGAAGUCGACACCACCUUGUUGGGCACUGAUUUUAUGUUUUAUAUUGCAUUUUUUGUUGCUUUUAUUUUUAACUGGAUAGGGUUUUUGCUACUAAUGUGCUUUUGCCACACCAUCGCGUCCAGAUAUGGCGCCCUGUCUGGAUUUGGUUUGUCCCUUGCCAAGUGGACAUUUAUAGUCCAGCAUUCGACAGAAUUAGCGUCCAAAGAUAACAGUUGGCUGUGGUGGCUGAUAAUGACGUUUGGUCUUAUAAUAUGUAUACGAGCAAUUCUACAGUACUUGAGUAUCAAAAGAGGCUGGCACAUGCUGUCUGCCAGCCAUCAAGAGCGACUGUUGUUCUUUUAUUAAGCUUGGUACUUAAAAACUUGGAUUUAGUUAAACACUACCAAUGUGAUUUAUUAUGUAUCUCCUGUAAUAUAUAGAAGUGGAUAUCAUUCCUCUUAAGACACAAAACUUAGAGUAGCAUUGGAGUGAAGUUGCUGUACAUUUGGGUUGUUUCCAAAUUUCUUAUAGAUUUUCAUUAUCAUUAAUAUAGUAAGAGAAAUCAGUUUAAUUGUACCUAAAAACUACUAAUUAAAAGUUUUUUAAAUUUAA